CCGCCGCCGCCGCCGUUGCCGCCGCCGCCGUCGCCGCCGCGGGUCCGAGGGCGCCGCGCCCUUGCCCUGGGCCCGGGCUGUGCCCGCCCGCAGCCCGGCCCGCGUCCCCGCGCUGCGCCGCCCGGCCGGGUGCAUGCAUUGUGGGCCUCCCGACAUGGUCUGCGAGACGAAGAUCGUGGCCACCGAGGACCAUGAGGCGCUGCCGGGGGCCAAGAAGGACGCGCUGCUCGCCGCCGCCAUGUGGCCCCCGCUGCCCGCCGCGCCCGGGCCGGCCGCCGCGCCCGCCGCGCCCCCGCCCGCGCCCGGCCCCCAGCCCCGCGGCGGCGCGGGGGACGCGGGGCCGCCAGAGGGGCGCGGCGUGCACAUCCGUGAGUUCCGCCCGGCCGAGCAGGAGGCGGCGCGCCGCAUCUUCUACGACGGCAUCAUGGAGCGCAUCCCCAACACGGCCUUCCGCGGCCUGCGGCAGCAUCCGCGCGCACAACUGCUCUACGCCCUGCUGGCUGUGCUCUGCUUUGCCCUGACCCGCUCGCUGCUGCUGACGUGCCUGGUGCCGGCCGGGCUGCUGGGCCUGCGCUAUUACUACAGCCGGAAGGUGGUCCUUGCCUACCUGGACUGUGCGCUGCACACGGACAUGGCUGACAUCGAACAGUACUACAUGAAGCCCCCUGGCUCCUGCUUCUGGGUGGCUGUGCUGGACGGCAAUGUGGUGGGCAUCGUGGCGGCGCGGGCCCAUGAGGCGGACAACACGGUGGAGCUGCUGCGCAUGUCCGUGGACUCGCGCUUCCGCGGCAAGGGCAUCGCCAAGGCGCUGGGCCGCAAGGUGCUGGAGUUCGCUCUGGUGCACAAUUACUCUGCGGUGGUGUUGGGCACAACGGCAGUCAAGGUGGCCGCCCACAAGCUCUACGAGUCUCUGGGCUUCAGACAUAUGGGUUCGAGUGACCACUACGUGCUGCCCGGCAUGACCCUCUCACUGGCCGAGCGCCUCUUCUUCCAGGUCCGCUACCACCGCUACCGCCUGCAGCUGCGUGAGGAGUGACCGCUGCCCGCCUGCCCGCCUGCUGCCCCGGCUGCCCCAUCCGCCUGCGCCCGCCUGCCCGCCACCCGGGCCCGCUUUCAGACACUCACCUUGGUGUUUGUGUUGGGUUUUUCUUUUUUUCAACAUCACGUGGUUCUUUGGCUGGUUCUUGGGGAGUGUGGAGCUACUGCUCAUCUGUGACUCUUCGGGGGGGGUCAGUUGUUUGCAGCCACGGUCCCUCGCCCUCCAUAGCCCGCUGGGGCCAUGCCCUGAAGAGUGACAGCAUGGACUACCAUGUGCCCACACAGCUGCCCGGCCCGGCUCGAGGGGUCUCUUCCGGCCCACCACCACUGGGGCAGGCCCAGUCUUGCCCACCAAGCACAGAACCUCUGCAACGAGGCCCUUGCCUAGCAGGCCCCUGGCCACCAGCCAGGCUGUGGCUCAGCCAUUGGUCCCCAGGAGGCGUGGCCUAUUGGGCUGGCCGGCCACUGCCCUGUGGGGUGCCGAGCUGGCCGCGGGCCCCGCUUUGCUCUGUGCAUGCUGAGGAUGUGGCCUGGCUGCAGCAUGCCGCAUGCCCACAGCCUCCCGCCCUGCUGCCCUGUCCAGACUGGGCCCAGACUGGUGAACGCCCCUGGCCCCAGCCCUGAGCCAGCCUCGGGCGACCCACCUGCUCUCUGGAGGGCUAGGCUGUCCAUGCCACCCCUGGCUUCACCCAGUUCAGCUUUCCUUUGACAUCAUGUUUCCUUUUUUUCCUCUUGGGCCCACUCCUGCCUGCCCGGGCUUUGCUGAUUGGCGUCAUCACCCAGGUGUGGUUCCCAUAGCAACCUGUUGCACAGCCGUGUCAGGCCCUUCAGGAGAGUAGGGUGGGGAGGCACUUGUGGGGUCGCCUCUCCCCCAGUGCCAGCUAGAUCAUGGUGGCCUCUCCCAGACCUCACGGCUGAUGGGCUCUGCCCUGUGAAUCUUACUAACCCAGGCCGCUGCCGACACCACUGAGCCCACAGCUUCUCCCAGCCUGAAACUGACCUAUUUUUUAGUAAGUUAUUUAGACAGACUAGCAUUCUGCAUGACUUUAAUUCUUGGGACAAAAUGGUAGUUUAUACCUUAACACACACACCUGUGUGGUCUAGAAUAUGCACUAUUUCUGGCCCAGUUUGGUGGGGGUGGGUGGCCGGGUGGGUGGAGGGUUUCAGAGUUUGAAAUCUGGAGGGAUACCCUGAUUUAGCAUAACUUCUCCCAAAAGAGCACUCCUGGUUUAUGAGGAGGCUCUGGGCCACGCCAUCCAGCCCUGACCUGCAGGACUGAGGGCAGGAUGGGAGUGAAUUCCCCACAGCCUCUGGGUGGCAGAGUUGGGGCCGCUGCCUUCAGGUGGAGCGAGUGGGUCUCAUGAUCCACCGUGGCUCAGGGGGCCGGCUGUGCUCCCAGCCUCUUUCCUGAGGUCAGAGGAAGGGGCUCUUGGGUGUGGGAUGGCCUGGAGCAGGAGAGGAAGGUGGUGGUUGACAGUGCCCACGCGUCCAGCUGUAAGCCUGGACCUGGCUACAGUAGCAGGAGGGGCAUAAACGCCCACCAAGACUCCUUUGUUUGGGGUUUUGGGGGAGGGGAGAGUGGCAGGUGUGGCGGGCCACAGAUCUGGGUCCCACAACUGGGACCACGGAGGGGACAUUCUUAAAAAGGCGCUUUGGAAAUUAGCAAAUGAAUGAAACAUGCCCAGUGCCUGAGGGGCCUUUCGUGCUGUCAGCAUUCAGGAUGUUUGCAGAACACUGUACAGACCCCGCUCUCCCCUGUACAUUUCUCCCUGGUGGUGCCCGGUCCCUGCUCGGGGAUGGGAGUUUUGUAGACUGUACAGAAAUUGGCACCCUAUUUUCUUGCAGCUCUCAGAUUUUGUUAAUCUGGAUUAUACAGACAGACGUAAAGUGUUUUAGCAAAAUGGAAAACAAACAGUUGUGCCUUUUUCCUCUUUCUGUUUGGUUUGGUUUCGGCUUGGGGGCGGACUUAGUUGGCAUUGGGCGUGUUGGGGGCUGUGGCUGGUCUGAGGCCUGGCCAGACGGGAAGGGCACGCGGAGGCCAUGCGGGGUCAGCUUGGUGGGUCGUGUCUUAUAAGAUGGUAGCUCGAGGACGCCGCCAGCUUCCUUUGAUCCUGUGCCUUUGGAGCCUCUGGUCCCUCGUGUGGGGGCAUGUGAGUGGGGGCUGUUGGAGCCCACUGAGGCCAGGGCAGAGCCUGGGGCCCUGGGGCUGCCAGUGUCUGGUUGAUGUUGACCAAAAUGCCUCGCUGGCGUUGCUCCUGGGCAGUGGUGUGGCCCUCUCCUGUCCUGCUGGCAUCUGUCUGUCCAUUCGAGAUCUGCGGGCUAGGUGGGCUGCUGUGUCUUCCCUGGUCGGAUAGCCCAGAGGCUAGCUGGACUCUCGACCUUCCUUUAUUGCCCUUAUUUUGCUGCCAGGACUCGGGAGAGAUGCCAGGAGGGGCGUAGCAGGGUGGCCACGUGUCCAGAACCCUGCUACCCAGCUGCUGCCUGGCCGCUGAGGUAGGCAGAGGCAUCUAUGUGCCCACUGGGCUGGGUGUGCACAGUGCCCAGGAGUGGGCCCUCAUCUGGCUGGUGUGUGGCUCCGUAGGCCCCCGAGGACCACUGGGGGGCAGAUCUCCCAUCUUGCCCCUGGGCUGGAGGCUGGGCGCGCUGGUUAGGGGGCCGCCGCCUCCCUCAGCCUAGGAGCUAACUACUCCGCAAACGUGCACUGAGAUGUGAAUUUUAUACGUUUGUAGAAAUUCUGAUGUUACUUCUUCUACCUCUGUGAAGUGUCCUCCUGGGGUCCUGCUCAGUGAGGUAUCUGGGCAGCUUCUCUGAGCUGGCUGCCCUGGGCCCCUUCCCCCUCCCUGCUGGCCUCCUGGGCCUCCCCCAGUGGCCGCCUGGUGAGGCCCAGGGAAAGCCAGCCCCGGACCCGGCCGCUGUGCUCAGGGGUCAGGGCUCCCGGGACUUGUCUGUUUGGAAGUCUCUGUUUUUGGAGCAGAAAUCGGAGGUGGAGUGUUCCAGAAUGUCUUUGUUAGAUGCGCCUGGAACACAGACCCGGUGGACAGCUCCAGGCAGUGGGAUCUGGGGCAGCGGAGGGCUCCAGCACCUCUGGACAGCCCUGUGCCACUGGGUCCUGGAAUAUGGCUGGUGGGCGUCCCUGGGGCAGCUCCCACCACCCAAGUAUGGGCUCUGCAGACAGCUGGCCAGCGUGGGUGGUCUGCAUGUGCUGAGGCUAGCCAUGUGAUCUGGCCCCAGGAAGGGCCAUGUCCAGCUUAGCCUCCCACUGCUGCCCUUGGUCGAAGGGGGCGGAGGGAUGGGGCCAGCCUACCCUAUGGAGGUGGGGCUGGCCCUGCAAGAAGGCUUGGGUUGGGAGGCCCUACAGACAUCUGGCCUAAGGCUGUGAGGUCCUUGGGCGGGCCCCACCUUGCUCAGGGCGUCCUUCCUUAGAGAAGACCCUUAGAGGGGACAGGGUGGGGCAUGCUCCUCAGGUGGCUUCCCCAGGUGUCUGGCAAGUGCUUGGGAGGCUCUCUGAGCCAGAGGGCCUGGCUCUGGCCUCUGGGAAUGCAGCAUGUUGGCUGUGCUGGGGCUGGCUGGGGGGUUGGGUGGCACCCCUGGGGCCACCUUCCUGCCAGUGUCCUGGCGAUGGCUGGACAGUGGCCCCUGAGCCCUGGGAGUCGCUGCCUCUCUCCGGCCAGGUGGGUGGUGGUGCUGCUGUGUCCUGUGUUACCUGCUGCUCCUGUGUCUGUUUGAAGCCGCUUCUGUGAAUCAGUUUUGGCCAUAGGCUCGUGUUCCUGUCCUGGUGGUUCUUUGGCUGAGGCUUUUGGGGUUUGAGUUCUGGGCAGAUCCUGGAAUAAGUUGCUCCUUGGUGCCAAGGAUGUGCUUCCAGUGGUGGUGUGAGGUCCACUGGCAAGUGGGCGGCCCAGGGCCUGGGGUGGAAGAGGAUGAGCCCUGACCUACCAUUGUUGGAUGUAUUUUUUUUUUUACAGCAAUAAUUAGCCAUUUUGAAGAAGGGGUGUGCCUGUGUGUGUGCGUGCACGUGUAUGCAUGUUUGUGCCUGUGUGUAUGUGCAUGGGUGUGUGCACAUGUGUGCCUGUGCUUGUGUGUGUGCGUACACUUGUAUGGUGACAGGGAGGGAACCUGAUGGCCAAAGGCCUCCUGCUCCAGCCAUGGAAGGGGAGGCCAGGAGGUGCUUGGCAGGGACGGGUUGGCCGCGAGGCCUGCGCUGAGAAGCAGGGUCCUUGCAGGUGGCCAUGCCCUGAGCUCUGCUGCUGUGCCACUCUCCCUUUUUCGGGGCUUGCCUGGGGCCCAGCGGACCUUGAAUGUAGUGCUCCUUCCCCCUCGCGAGGGGUGCUGGAAGGGCCUGCAUGAAAGAGGGGGGUGACCCAGGAUGAGCCUUUGCCUGGAUCUCAGCAUGUGGGGAGGGUGGCAAGGGUGGUGACACUCAGCCACACUGGCCGAGAUUAAAUUUGGUGACACGGAGUCACCUGGGCCAGGCUGUCUGACCACAGCUGCAUGGAUGCUGUGUCUUUGGGAGAGGAGAGCCCAGAACAUGUCACGGUGGCUGGCUUCACUUACUGUGGUUUACUGUUUGUGAGCCCAUGACUAUGGCGACUGUCCUGAGACCCCCAGGAUGUGCCAAAACAGCUCCAAGAGGGCCCAGAGGGGCAGUGGGCCAAGUUCCAGAGGAGACGGGCUGUGGGGCCAGGGGU